AUGCCGAGGAGCCGGGGCGGCCGCGGCGCACCGGAGCCGCCGCCGCCGCCGGGCCGGGCCCCGCGCUGGAGCUGCUGGAGGGCUCCCGGGCGGCUGCUGCUGCUGCUGCCCGCGCUCUGCUGCCUCCCGGGCGCCGCGCGGGCGGCGGCGGCGGCGGCGGCAGGGGCCGGGGACCGGGCGGCGGUGGCGGCGGCGCGGGCGGCCGAGGCGGAGGCGCCCUUCGCCGGGCAGAACUGGUUAAAGUCAUAUGGCUAUCUACUUCCCUAUGAAUCACGGGCAUCUGCGUUGCACUCAGGGAAGGCCUUACAGUCAGCAGUCUCCACUAUGCAGCAGUUUUACGGAAUCCCAGUCACCGGUGUGUUGGAUCAGACAACGAUCGAGUGGAUGAAGAAACCCCGAUGUGGUGUCCCUGAUCACCCCCACUUGAGCCGCAGGCGGAGAAACAAGCGCUAUGCCCUGACUGGACAGAAAUGGAGGCAAAAACACAUCACCUACAGCAUUCACAACUAUACCCCAAAGGUGGGUGAGCUAGACACACGGAAAGCUAUUCGCCAGGCUUUUGAUGUGUGGCAGAAGGUGACCCCACUGACCUUUGAAGAGGUACCAUACCAUGAGAUCAAAAGCGACCGGAAGGAGGCAGACAUCAUGAUCUUCUUUGCUUCUGGCUUCCAUGGUGACAGCUCCCCAUUUGAUGGGGAAGGGGGAUUCCUGGCCCAUGCCUACUUCCCUGGCCCAGGGAUUGGAGGAGACACUCACUUUGACUCAGAUGAGCCAUGGACACUAGGAAAUGCCAACCAUGAUGGGAACGACCUCUUCCUGGUGGCUGUGCACGAGCUGGGCCACGCACUGGGACUGGAGCACUCCAACGACCCCAGUGCCAUCAUGGCACCCUUCUACCAGUACAUGGAGACGCACAACUUCAAGCUGCCCCAGGACGAUCUGCAGGGCAUCCAGAAGAUCUAUGGACCCCCAGCCGAGCCUCUGGAGCCCACGAGGCCACUCCCCACACUCCCCGUGCGCAGGAUCCACUCCCCGUCAGAGAGGAAGCACGAGCGCCAGCCCAGGCCCCCUCGGCCACCCCUCGGCGACCGGCCGUCCACACCGGGUGCCAAACCCAACAUCUGUGAUGGCAACUUCAACACGGUGGCCCUCUUCCGGGGCGAGAUGUUUGUAUUUAAGGAUCGCUGGUUCUGGCGCCUGCGCAAUAACCGGGUGCAGGAGGGCUACCCCAUGCAGAUCGAGCAGUUCUGGAAGGGUCUGCCUGCCCGCAUAGACGCAGCCUAUGAAAGGGCGGAUGGAAGAUUUGUCUUCUUCAAAGGUGACAAGUACUGGGUAUUUAAGGAGGUGACGGUGGAGCCUGGAUACCCCCACAGCCUAGGGGAACUGGGCAGCUGCCUGCCCCGCGAAGGCAUUGACACGGCUCUGCGCUGGGAACCUGUGGGCAAGACCUACUUCUUCAAAGGCGAGCGGUACUGGCGCUACAGCGAGGAGCGGCGGGCCACAGACCCCGGCUACCCCAAGCCCAUCACUGUGUGGAAGGGCAUCCCACAGGCUCCCCAGGGGGCCUUCAUCAGCAAGGAAGGAUAUUACACCUACUUCUAUAAAGGCCGGGACUACUGGAAGUUUGACAACCAGAAACUGAGCGUGGAGCCAGGCUACCCACGCAGCAUCCUGCGUGACUGGAUGGGCUGCCACCAGAAGGAGGUGGAGCGGCGCAAGGAGCGGCGGCUGCCCCAGGAUGAUGUGGACAUCAUGGUGACCAUCAAUGACGUGCCGGGCUCCGUGAAUGCCGUGGCCGUGGUCAUCCCCUGCAUCCUGUCCCUCUGCAUCCUGGUGCUGGUCUACACCAUCUUCCAGUUCAAGAACAAGGCAGGUCCUCAGCCUGUCACCUACUAUAAGCGGCCAGUCCAGGAGUGGGUGUGA